CUACUAUCCCUACAAUCACGGAUCGGGAGUCGCCCACCACGGCCGACGCUGCCGCGCCCAACCUCCACCGCGGCCGACUGCCUCCACGCGAAUUCCCUUGCGAGGCUCUCUGGCGACCACACCGCCUACUCCAGAGGCGAGGAGCUUGCCGGCGUCCAGCUCCUCAAGGAGAAGCGCGCUCCACCGCCGACGCUGCCGCGCCCAAAUCCCACCGCGGCCGACCGCCUCCGCUCUCUCGAUGGGGAUCCGCUGCGGCAGUGCCAGGACGUUCACCAUCGCCACCGCAGUCUGUUCACCGCGGACGCCACAUGCCUGCACCCCACGGCCGGCCACCGCGCGUCUGGAGCGCGCUCUUCCGCCUAUUCCCAGUGUGUCGCCGCCGGCUCACCCGAGCGCGCCGCUGAUGGCCUUCUGUGCUAUCGCAGGCACCAAGACCGUCGCUGUGCUGGUAAGUCCUCUCCCCCAGCUGGCGUAGCGCCCGGUUCUACUAUCUCUCUUCCAUGUCGUUGCAACACGGUCUCUCCUCUGUCGUUGCUGCUGCCGCCACCGUGUUUCUCCUUCCUGCUUCUGCCACUGUCGCUGGAGCUAGCCAAAAUGGAUCAAACAUAGGUGAGUUAAAUUGGGGGUGCAUCUUUUAUCUUGCUUGAUACAAUCUUCUUCAGUUGUCUUCUGAUUUCAGUCACAUACAUUGCCAUGUUCGUUCUAGCACAGCAGGUGUUCGUGUGUAUGCCUAUGAAAUGAUAGCACAUGUGGUUUCGCGCAUGUAAUCCUCCUUUGUGUAUGCCUAUUCGUGAUUACCCUUAGCCAGUAAUUCAUGCUAAGUAAUGGUCUAGGCUUAGAUGCUUGAGCCAGUAAACUUACUGGUCAGAAUCUCAGAUUACUAUUUAGCCUUUUCUCAGCAAUUUGGAGACAUGUCGGCCUUGUAUCCUUAUAAUGAAAGGCGGAUGAGAUUGUUUGUAGCUAUUUUUAAUGGUAUCCUUUGCUAUGUUAGGUGGCUUGCUUGAUUUAAAUAUGCUAUGGAGGAUUACAUAGAUAAUACUCUGCUUAAUUUCUUUAUUUUGCUUCCCUUCUUGGCGGUCUUCUAAUACAAGAUGCAUGUUUGAGAAAAAGACUCACAAAAUUGAUAUGAAGAAACAACAACCAGAACUUGCUUCAGUAAUUUAUUCUCCACAAGUGUGUCCUGACUCCUGAAUCAUUUGUACAUUACUAAAUUCUAUGCUUAUUUGUUAGCACCAAAAUGACUAAUUCAGUUCUGGUACAAUCUUAAUACUUGCAGGGAAACCGAUCUUCAUUAGCCAUAAGUAGAGAUAAGAAGACUGUUAAGUUUAUGGCAAAGUCAUGUCAUUAUUAAGUCUUUCUUCUUAUUGGACCAGCUUAGUAAAAAUGAUUUCAGUUGUUGCCCUAAAUUCGAUAAAGGUAGUAAUGUGUUGUAGAUACAACCACUUGCAUGAACAACCAGAAUGGCAAUAAUAAGUGCUAUUUAUUCAUAUCAGCUUACUUUAAAUAAAUAUGUCUUUCAUGGAACAGUAUGUGUGUGAUGGAUCUUUUCAAGUUCGAUUCAUGUUCAAUUAGGUGCAUAUUUCGUGAGAAAAUCCCGACGUCCAGCUCUUCAAGGAGAGGAGCCUGCCACCGCCGACGCUGGCAUUGCCAUGGGUGCCCAUCCUUGCUGUCCGAUGGAACCGCUCAGACGGUCAUACCGCGGUCGUCGUCAGAAUCAUCCGAGUUGAUUUAACCAAUUUUUGAAUCCUCGCUGAAUAAGCAGGAAGUUGUAUUUGGAAGCUUUCUUGGACUUAUAUCGUAAUCAUGGUAUAUGGCUUGAUUGUCUCAUGUGGUGCUUGCAUGGUAUGUGUGUGAUGAUUUUCCUGAAAGGCAGAAGUUUUAUCAUGAAGCUUACGACCCUCUUGAUCCAACUGGGAACAUCACAAUCAAAUGGGAUAUCACUCAGUGGACUGCAGAUGGCUAUAUUGCUGUUGUUUCCAUAAACAAUUACCAGAAGUACCGUCAUAUCCAAGCACCUGGGUGGCAUCUUAGGUGGGCUUGGACAAAGAAGGAGAUCAUCUGGGGAAUGAUGGGUGCACAGACCAUAGAGCAAGGGGAUUGCUCUGAAUUUAAAGGCAAUAUACCACACUGCUGCAGGAGAGACCCAACAGCAGUUGACUUGCUUCCUGGUGCGACUAACGGCAUGCAGGUGGGAAAUUGUUGCAAAGGAGGAGUUCUUAGCUCAUGGGUGCAAGAUCCAGUCAAUGCAGUGGCAUCGUUUCAGAUCACUGUUGGCCGAUCCGGAACGAGCAAUAGGACAGUGAAACCGCCGAAAAACUUCACCCUCAAGGCCCCAGGUCCAGGGUAUACCUGUAGAGCAGCCCAUAAAGUAAAACCUCCCACUAAGUUCAUUUCGCCCGAUGGAAGGAGAACAACUCAAGCGCAUGUGACUUGGGAUGUGAUAUGCACAUAUUCACAGUUUGUUGCUCAAAGAGGUCCUGCUUGUUGUGUUGCCCUAUCAUCGUUUUACAAUGAAACGAUAGUUGACUGCCCAAAAUGUUCGUGUGGCUGCCAAAAUAACAUAACCAACCCUGGGAGCUGCGUUGAGGUUAAUUCGCCUUACUUGGCUUCAGUGGUGAAUGGACCUGGCAAGGGCAGCUCGACCCCCCUAGUACGAUGCUCGCCCCAUAUGUGCCCAAUCAAGGUGCACUGGCAUGUUAAGGCCAACUAUAGGGAGUAUUGGAGGGUGAAGAUCACCAUUUCAAACUGGAACUACCGGAUGAACUACUCGCAGUGGAACUUGGUUGUUCAACACCCAAAUUUCGACAAUGUCACGACAAUUUUCAGCUUCAACUACAAAGCAUUGAACCCCUACGGAGUAAUAAAUGAUACCGCGAUGCUGUGGGGUCUCAAGUACUACAAUGACCUGCUCAUGGUGUCUGGGCCAGACGGCAAUGUGCAAUCCGAGCUUCUGUUCAGGAAGGACCCAUCAACCUUCACUUUCGAGAAGGGCUGGGGUUUUCCAAGACGCAUAUACUUCAAUGGCCAGAGCUGCGUCAUGCCUCAACCAGAUUUGUACCCAUGGCUGCCAAGCUCCUCCCCAAGACUGACGAAGACGGCGUUUCUGGCCCUGGCCAUCGCCGCUUGCGCGACGGUGGCGUUCUUGUACAAUCAUCUAGUGUUAGAUAAAUACUGCAGGAAGUCAUGACCCAUUGGCCAUUGAGCGCUGACGUCUUGAGUUUGUUGCGAGUUUAGGUAGAGAGAGAUGUUGCAUCAAAAGCUGACCGGGGGGUGUGUUGUCCUGACCCAUUGGGCAUUGAGCACUGGCAACUUGUGCUUCUUGCAAGUUUAAAUCCAUUCAGAUUUCGGGCUCUUGCAA